CCUAAAUUGUACAGGUCUGUAAUUGAAGAUGUCAUCAAUGAUGUCCGAGAAGUUUUUCUGGAUGAAGGAGUGGAUGAACAAGUUCUUAUGGAACUCAAAACACUGUGGGAGAACAAGCUGAUGCAGUCCAAGGCUGUAGAUGGCUUCCAUUCAGAAGAGCAGCAGCUUUUAUUGCAGGUGCAACAGCAGCAACAGCAGCAGCAGCAACAGCAGCAUCAUCACCACCACCAUCACACACAACCUCAGCCACAGCAGACCGUGCAGCAGCAGUCUCAGCCACAGCAGGUCCUUAUUCCAGCGUCUCAGCAAGCACCUCAGCAGCAGGUCAUUGUGCCGGAUUCCAAGCUGAUACCGCACAUGAAUGCGUCAGGCAUG